AUUACAAGCCCUGGAUAUCCAUCAUCCAUGACCAAAGCCGAUUACCGCUGGACAUUCAUGACAAAUUUGACACGUGGACGAGUGGCUCUCUAUUUUGAUGUACUAGAUUUGCAGCGAUAUGAAGGUAACAGCAAAGUCUACAUCCAGAAUUCGAAUUCACUUACAGUGUAUCAUGGACUGACUACCGUGCUGAGUUUACCAAGAAAACUUCAUUUCUACUCAUCUUUUUCAACUCGUCGAAUUAUUAAUAGGCAGUAUGGCAAGGGAAUGCGAGUGAAGUACUUUAUCUAUAAUGAACCAGUUCCUCUUCUGAACAAUUGGACCAUAUCACUCUCGAGCUCCAACWAUGAMRGAAUCACUGCAAAUUGGACUCAAGUUAAUGUUAAAGGCUAUGAUAUUAUAGGAUUUUUGAUUACUUGCAAUUCAACASAAGAUUGGGCUAACGAAGCMGUUUACGCGUUUGKAGRAAACAGUUCAACUUCUGCGACUUGUAAUGGGCUGAUCGGGUACACUAACUAUGACGUGUACKUGUUGGUGAUGUUAAAAAAUCAGGAGACUGGGACAUAUACGACAUACAAGAGUUYAAURGCGUCAAUAACUACUUCUGAAUUACCCCCAAGUACCAUUGUUCCUCAAAGAGAUUACAGCACUGAUAUCACACCAAAUACAGCAGCUAUUAGUUGGAAGCCACUCCACGGAAAAUAUACUCUUGGAUAUACUGUACAACUCUACAGUUAUUCCACUAGCACUUAUUACAAAAAAAUAAGAACCAAUGUUCCAUCGGUGGUAUUUAGGGAUCUUUUACCUGCGAGCAGAUAUAGAGUGAAAAUUAAAGGCUACACUGCAGCUGGAAGAGGACCAUAUCAAGACUAUUAUCAUUUUUCAACAAAAUGUGGAGGUACUAUAGAAAGACAACUGCAUGGCAAGAUACAAAUGUCGGAUGUUAAUGUUUGGUCUGAAACCUGUAUUUGGAAAAUUGUUGCACCCACUCCAAACACGCUGAUCUUAUUCAAUCUGAAAUCGCUGGAGAUACCAUUUUCCUUUGAUUGCUGGGRCUACUACUUGACCAUUAAAGGCCGCCAAGGAAAUUCUGCACAAGGCAGACUUUGUGGCUCAAGGCAUUCUAUGUCUUUCAUCUUACUUGGUUUUGCUGAAGUAAAACUAUAUUUGACAAGACCAUUUUGGUCGACUCACAUGUUCUCGUCUUUUUUCAUUCUUGAAAAUGGACUUGGAAAUGUUCCAUCCAUCAAGUCAUGGAAAAUUUUGUCUUACACGAAAAGUUCAACAUCAAUCGAAGUCAUCUGGGAUAAAUACCCAGGUAAAGAAAUCGUCARCAAAUACUUUGUGAUAUACACUAGUAACAAUCACCGUAGAAAAGUUUCAGUCUCCUCAACCGAUGGAAAGAAAUUUAGUUUGGUGGUUCAAAACCUGUUAAAAGGCACUGAAUAUGAAGUAGUGGUACUGGCAACACUUGGAAAUCCCUCGYUUUUUAACUUYGCAAAAGUUGAUAUGCCUAUUUUCAAAAGUCAAGAAGUUGUUGUAAAGACUGCCGAAGAAGGUAAGAUAUACAUUGGAAUCUCAUAUCACAUAAUAAAUCUCGUAUCACAUAAUAAAUCUCAUAUCACAUAAUAAAUCUCAUAUCACAUAAUAAAUCUUGCUCUUUUUGGUCAUAAAUGACGAAUAUGUGAAGUAGGAGUCAGGAGUUCGGCGUGGAAUCCUUCGGUUUCAAUGCUUAAUUCAGUGAAA